CUGUUUUUAACAAGGAAGAAAUUUCAUGCUAAGCAAAUUUGUUUGUGCUUAGCAUCUCUAUGAAACUGGGCACACAAGUCAUUUUAUGAAUGCGCUGCAGUUGGUUGCCUACCAAGUUGCCUGUGAAAGUUGCCGCGUGCGCAGUACCCUAUAAAAGAGCAUGCAGACGGUUGGCGCGCAGUAUUUCUAAAUGCAGCCACAUGCGUUGGCCUACUUAUAAUCACGGAGAACGCAUUUUCCAUCAUGUUAUAACUCUUGCAAUUCAAGUGGCAUGGCGGUUACACAAUAAACUGACUGUUAACUUGGCUAUACGAAUAGUAACAAUGCAACUUGGUUUUUACAACUUAAAAAAUACAACUGAACUAUCAGCCAAGCUUUUACAAAGAUAACAUAUUCUUAUAAACGUUACAGAUCCAAAUACGCUCUAAAAAGCUACCUCUUAUAUAGGCAAGGUAUGCCUUUGGUUUUUGGAAGGAACCGUUUCGUAGUUUUUAACAUUAAAAUUAAUCUGUGAACACUUUUAGUGAACACUUCUCAGAGAAUUCCUACUAAGUGAGUUAUCCCGACAAAUAGGAGUGUUGUAGUCGAGUCCACGACCUUUUUGGAGAAUGGAGACCAACUGACAAUCCCACACAAUUUACAUUAUUUUCGUGUAGGGAACCACAAACGCACGAUGCAGUUGCAGUGGAUAGUUAGCAUUUUCUUGAUGGUUUUAAUGGUGGAUUAUGCCACUCCAUAUAAACCCACAAAGUUUGCGAAAGAGGUCGUUUGUGAAGGCUGCCAUGCAUUUGUAACAGAAGCCACAAAAUUGAUGAACAGACGGCACACUUCCAAAGACAAGAUUGACGUCCAGAUUAAAGACGUCCUAAAGAGAACAUGUAACACGGAACAUUUACGCGCCUAUGAGUUCAGUCCUCCUAACAUGCAAAAAGUUUGUGACUACUGGGCAAGUGAUUAUAAGAAAGAAAUUACCCAAGUCUUCAAGGAGUUUUCUGACCCAGAGGAGAGAGAGAUUGCACUCUGCUUUGACGUCACUGAUGCUUGUGUGGGGGUAGACAGAACUGGUUUCCGUAUCAAUAAGUAUAAAGGACCGACAAGGAAGGCUGUCCGUGAUCAGACAGGAAAAGGAAAGAUGACGGGCAAAAAACGAACCGAAAGAGGAUCAGGACAGAAGAAAGAGGAGUUGUAGUGACUGAAGUUAAUGAACUGGUCAGUUAAAACCAUGCAGAAAGUGAUAAUGGGAAA